UAAAGAUGUUUUGGGCUGCUGAAAUUACCCCUUCAAAGAGCUAUACUCAUCCAGAAACUCCUGAUGAAUCAGGAGAAGGAGAUGCUUUCUCUCUUCAUGUUAGUAAUCUAUCUCUUGUCACUGGAAAGAAGACUCCACAGGGUGCUAGAUACAGAGUUUAUGCCCAAACUGAGGAGAAGAAGUUCGUCAUUGGUAACCUCAAGGAAGGAGCCAUUGAGAAUUACUCUCUUGAUCUUUAUUUUAAACAAUCUGAGAAGGUCACCUUCUCCCUCGCUGGUAAGGGAGAAGCUAGCGUUCAUCUCACUGGAUACUUUGAAGCCUCUGGAGCCGACUUCAUGGAUGGUCAAUACGAUAUGGACCCAAUGGGAAUGGAAAUGAACUUUGAAGAUGAAGAUGAUGAUAUUGAAACUGACCCAAUGACUAAGGACAACAUUGCUCUUGCCAAAGCUAAUGCUUUGAAGAACGCUACUAUGGGUAUUGAAGACGAUUCAGAGGAUGAUUCCGAUGAAGAAGUCAAAGAAAUUAUCCCAAAGAAAGCACCAGAAAAGAAAGUCCAGCCCAAAAAGGAAAAGAAGCCAGUUGUAGAAGAAGACAGCGAUAGUGAUGAUGAGGUACCACAAGCAGUUCCAACUCCAAUUGUCGAAGACUCCGAUGAUGAAUCUGAAGAUGAUGCUCCUGUUGUCAAUAAGAAGUCCAUUCCAUUUGAAGAUUCUGACUCAGAUGACUCUGAUUCAGAUGACUUCAACGUAAAGGCAGUACUUGCUCAAAGAAAGAGAAAGGCAGUUGAGAAGAAGGACACAACUGAGAAGAAGCAGAAGGUUACUGAAAAGACCGAAGCUAAGCCAAAGACUGAGCAAAAGCCAAAGGGCGAAAAUAAGACUCCUGAGCACAAACCAUCCAAUGAUAACCAGAACAAAGGAGGAAAGAAGAGAAACAGAAAGAACAAGAACAAAAAUAAGAACAAGAACAAGGGAAAGAACUAAACCAUCACAACUAAGUAUGCUCCUUUAGUCGCUAAAUCUAAAAUUU